AACACACUUCAUCCUUUCCUUCAUAAAGUAUUAAUUAUUUACCUAGGUAAACUAUUCUUGGUUCCACCCAAAUUCUCAACAAAAACCGGGCAGAAGGAGAUAUACGCCGUACGAACCAUCACGGGAACCAGUUCCUCCGACUUGAAGGACAUGCGACCAGGAGCUUCUCCUCCCUCUACCUUGCAUUAUUUCUUACCUCUUAUGUCAAAUCGGUCGCUUUUCUGGCUUCAAUCCUCUCCUUCAAUCGUCUAUCUGCCCUCUUAUACACCCGUACUAUGUCCUCUACGGAUCCCGCGACCGUUGCUCGUGCCCCCCGACUGGAGCGGGCCAUCACCAACCCAGGAACCGUCAAGAUCAAUGUCAAGGGCGCCUUUAUUGUCGAUGAUGAUCCUCGUUCGAAGAGUCCGGUACGGACUGACGGCGUCCAUUACGAAGGCCAGGACAUUCGUCUUCCGCACCAUACAGGCGUCGUGAGCCAUGUUGCUGUCGAUAUUGGUGGUUCGCUUGCGAAACUAGUUUACUUUACACGAGAGCUGGACAAUCUUGACAACGGGGGCCGCCUGAAUUUCAUUAAUUUCGAGACCGACAGGAUAGACCUGUGCCUGGAGUUCAUCAAACAAAUAAAAGAAGAGCACGAGAAACUCAAUGGAGCUGCGAAGGACGAAUUAUGCGUGGUGGCGACGGGUGGAGGGGCCUACAAAUAUUAUGACAAGCUCAAAGAGACUUUGAACGUGGAUAUUAUGCGAGAAGACGAGAUGGAGUGUCUCAUUACAGGCCUUGAUUUUUUCAUCACCGAGAUCCCCAACGAAGUAUUCACAUACAGUGAAAUGGAGCCGAUGCAGUUUGCCGAGGCCCGACCGGACGUCUACCCGUAUCUGUUGGUCAACAUCGGAUCCGGUGUAUCCAUGAUCAAAGUAUCAGGGCCUAAACAAUUCCAGCGUGUGGGGGGUACUCAUUUAGGAGGUGGAACCUUCUGGGGCAUCAUGUCGUUGUUGACUGGUGCUCGGACAUUUGACGAGAUGCUCGCUAUGGCGGACCGGGGCGACAACAGCGGUGUUGACAUGCUUGUCGGCGAUAUUUAUGGUAUGGACUAUAACAAGAUUGGUCUUAAGAGCACGGCCAUCGCUAGUACGUUCGGUAAAGUCUUUCGAAUGAAGAAUAAUGCCGAGCGACACCGCGAGGAGGAAGCAUUGCAGAAUGGUAUGGACCAUGAUCACGAUCACGACCACGACCACGACCACGAGCACACAAAUGGCGAUGUGAUGUUCAAGGGAGAAGAUAUGAGUAGAAGUUUACUUUAUGCUAUCAGUAACAAUAUUGGACAAAUCGCAUACCUGCAAUCCGAAAAACACCAAGUCAAGCAUAUCUACUUCGGUGGCUCGUUUAUUCGAGGACAUAGACAAACCAUGAACACCCUGUCAUAUGCCAUCCGAUUCUGGUCUAAAGGAGAGAAGCAGGCCUACUUCCUGCGCCAUGAAGGCUAUAUCGGCGCUGUUGGCGCAUUCCUACGCAGGAAGCCAGCGAACUGGGGCCGCAGAAACAGUAUUGAUGAGCGUACGGGCACCUUGCCCUAUGGCGUGUAAAACAGUUUUCACCCAAGGGAAAAAAAAA